ACAGCGAUACACUGUCAGCAGCAGCAGCAGCAGCAGAAUGGCUCCUCAGCAGCUGCAGCUUGACGCCUCUGACAUCGACGGCUUAGCAAAACACCUCGUCGACACUUAUCUGCCUGACCUGCAGCAGGUGCGCUGCAGCUACGGAGAAUGAGCAGCUCUGUUUGAUGGUGCGCCUGCAAUGGCUGGUUUCUCUUUGUGUGAUUGUAUGUCGUGUGGUGUUGUAUGUAUGCAAUCCACUGCAAUGCAUCAAUGCAGCAGCUUGGUGACCGUCGGGUCCUCGUUGCUCUUGCUGGGGUGGCAGGUCAGUCAGGUCGGAAACACACACACGACCAACCAUGGGUGACAUCCCAUUUGCUGUGUGUGAUGAAUCAAUCCGCAUGCAGGCUCUGGCAAGUCGACGCUGGCCAAGAGGCUAGAGGAGCGCAUCAACGGUCUGCCGUCCCUCCCCUCCCCCAUUUGCAAGGCGGUCGGGAUGGAUGGGUACCAUUACACCCGUCAGCAGCUGGACGCUUUUGAGGAUCCUGUCAUGGCGCACAAGAGGCGGGGCGCACACUUCACCUUUGACGCUGAGGCAUUCGGGUGCGUUGCGGUCAUCAGAUGCAAUCAAUAUCAAUAUCAAUCUGCCUGCAGGGGUCACAUGUGCGUGCGGGCUGUGGGGUGUGUGUGUGUGUGUGUGUGUGCUUGUGUGUUUGACAGAUCUCUGCUGCAGAGACUGCGUGAGAGGCCUCCACGACGCACUCUCGCACCCUCGUUUGACCAUGCCGUCAAGGUAAGGUAGGCACGUGGGUGUUGUUGGCGACCUUCAUUCAUUCCCUGUGUGUGUGUUAUUUGAUUCGUUAAAACAGGAUCCCGUUGAGGAUGGUGUGGUGAUCGAAGAGCACCAUCGACUCGUCAUUGUGGAGGUAGGCUGCGUGAGGGAGAGAUGCAAAGAGGGCUGGCUGUGCACCUGUGGAUGUGAUGUCGUGUAGGGUCUGUAUGUGCUGCUCAAUCACCCGCCGUGGAGUCAGUCGGUGGUGCCCCAGUUCGACUGCCGAAUCUUCAUCAACUGCCCCAUGUCAGCCAGCGCAUCAAACAAAACAGAUGGCUUCAUCUGUGUGUGUGUGUGUCUUACGGCCACUUGCAGGGAUGUGGCUGAAGAGCGUGUGUGGCGAAGACACGUGGAGAGCGGUAUCUGCCGCGAUGAACAGGACGCGCGCAAGAGGUGCGUGUGUGUGUUGUGUAGGCCGGCAGUGAGACAGAAGCGAAGCAUGCCUGACGGUGUGUGGUGUGGUGUGGUGUGGAUGGGUGGGUGGGUGCAGGUGGCGAGAGUCAGAUUAUGUGAACGCAGAGUUCAUCCUGGCGCAUUUAGACCCUUCACAAGUUGAUGUCCUGCUUGAAUCAACGUACAGUCAGUGAUGUGAUUGAGUGGAUGCGAGAGCGUAGCGAGUGCAGGUGAGUGAGUGAGUUGUGCCGUCCAGUCUGACCGGUCCAGUCGAGUUAGUGGGCUGAUCGAUAUAUGACUUGACCAGCACUAGUGUACAUCCCAGGACACACAUACGGUGG